AUGACAAAUGACUAUAGUUGUGACAUUAUGAAUGAAAGGGCUGUACUGGAAAGGGAUUUCCUUCACGAGAUCGCAAGGCAACUCUCGCGGAACUCAUUGCCGAGCUUACUGAGAUUUCGUGCCGUGAGCGAAGUAUGUGAAGUUAUUGGUAACAGAGCCAUUGCUAAUAGUUUGAAUAAAACUGUUGACGCUAGUGUUGUGUAUUCUAAUCAAAAUCCUAUUAUUUUAAAACCUAAGGAAAUGAAAAGUGACGAUUGUGCAGAGCUACAUGAAGAUGUUCGCCGUUUGUUAAGUCUGCUUGAAAAAAUUGGAGAAAGUCAUGGGGACAGCAGUUUAAAUUUAGUUAAUUUUCAAAGCUCAAGCUUACAUUGGCUUAGAGGAUCUAUUAAGAAGAUAAGAAGAUGCCCGGCUGUUUUACAAAAACGGAUUAAGAAACUUUACCACACUUAUUAUAAGGGAAGCAUAAACUUAACCUAUGACGAUUACUUACUGAGGCCUUCCCGAUUCUUGAGUAUUGUUUCCAAGCAAAGUUCUCAUAUCGCCAUAUUGAACUUGGGAGAUAUUAAGAACACAGCAAAACUUGCAAUGCAUGAAAAUCUCUUCCCGCAUCUUCCGAACUUAGAAGUGUUUGUAUGGACUAGAGCUGAGUCGAAAUUCAUACAAGUUUUACCUAGUCCACACAAGCUAACACAUGCUUCAAUUACUUUUCGUCGAGGUCAUUUGUUAGUAGAACAUAUUGGGCCUGUUCUGAAUUGCCAGGGCCUUGCACAUCUUUUUUUAGGGUUCCGGGCACCUAAAUUCGCAACUCGAUUUGAUAUGGAAGUGCUUUUGAAUAGUUAUCAAUUAUUCUGGAAUAGACGUAAUUAUACCCCGAGAAAUAUGUAUACAGUUGCUGGAUUCAUUCCUGUUAAAGCUUCUGAGUCCUCAAUGGACGGAAGAGAUUAUUGCUAUCGAGCAUUCCCAAAAAUGAAGAGAAUUGGAUUCUGGAAUAGCCCAUCAAGCCUUUUCCAAGUAAUGUGUGAGAAGGAAUAUUCGUUCCAUACUUUGCAAUGGGGAGAAUUAAACCAAGGUCUCAAUAGACUGUGCUCCAUUGAUUCAGUCUUAGAGAGUCUGUUUACUUACGAAGCUGUGCAAAGUUAUGAUUACCAUUUCGCGGAUCAUGCUAAGCUCUACCUCCACUCAAUGCCAGUGGUAUCACUUGAAUACUACAUACCGCAGUUGAUGGCUUUAUUGGGAAAGAUAAUGAGUGAUGUUAAAACGUUGGAAAUCUUCAUAAAAUCCUCAACGGAUUCUGCGAUGCCUAGUGGGUGGUUGCUGUCAGAAAAAAGGCCUAGAAAAUGCUCAUCAAUCUUCACAAAAAUGACUCACUUUUCUUUCCAUGUAGAUAAUAUGUGUUUAUUAACUAAUCUCGACAUACUACUACCCCCAACCUUGACUAGUUUAACAUUAUCUUUCGUAGUUUCCUUAAACGCAAAGAAAGAGUUCUUGGAUUCCUUAUUGAACUUUAUCGAUAAACUAGAUGAUCCUAAUCGUUUUCCCGACCUGGAAGAGUUCCAUGUACAGGUUUACGGAAUCAAAAGUUUCGAAGUUGUCUUGGAACACAUUAUUGAAGUUAUACCUGAUCUUAAGAAGCUUUCAAUUCUUUGUUUACCAAUAUCUGAUGAAAAUGAUGUCGUUAUCGAAGUUCUAAAGAGGACUAUAAAAACUUGCAAAAAUUUGAAGUCACUCGCACUUUGCCCAAUUCUCAUUAAUAGAUUAACAGGUCUUUCACAAUCUCUACCAGAAGAUUACUUCAGAUGGAGAAACAAAUUGCAUAGCUUUUUCUCAAACCACGAUCUAAUUUUUGAGUCUGGAACAGUGAGUAUUGGUACUCUUCCCAUUUGCAAUGGGUUCGAUAAAUAUGUUGUUCCUCCAUUUUGCUAUGAAGGGGACAGCUCGGAUUUAGAAUGUGCAUAUGAUAAAUUUGAUCGAGUUAAAGACAAAACUCAGAACUCUCUUAAUCAAGAGCAAGAAGAGCAAGAGAGCCUGAAUGACGAUGAUGAUUACGACGAUUCGUUUGUUUCUGACGAUUUGGGAGUGGAGGCAGAGGAGGAUGAACUGGAUAUACUCGAAAAGAAGUUAGAACCUGAAAACAAACGGCUUUUUAGAAGGGAAAAUAGGAAAAGGAAGAUAUCAGUUUCUGAAGAAGAAUCUACCGAUGAUGAGGACGUUAUCGUCUUCAAAAGGAAAAAUAGAAAAAUAUGCGAUGAUAAAGAUGGUGAUGCUCAAUCAGAGUCCGAGGGCUAUACUGAUUGUGACUCGGAAACUGAUAAUGAACACAGAACGAAGAAAUGCUCUUUUCUUGAUGAUGAAGCUGAAGAAAAUAACGAUGAAGAAUCAGAAAGUGAUACGGAAGAAGAACCUUUCCUUGAAGAAAUUGAGAGUGAAACAGAAGAUUGUGUGAGACAUUCUGUGGAAAUCAAGAACGCACAAAUACGUUCGCAAAUAAUUCGAAAAAAAAAAAUUAUUGAUUCAGAUAGUGAUUAA